AUGGGCAUCUUAGUGUCCUGGAUCAAUACUGCCUGGCACGCCCAGCUGACCGACCACGACGAAUCAGACCUCCCAGAUCACUCUGCGCUUCUUCAUCCCGUCCGCGACCGCCCUUUCGACAUCGGUAGCGACGAUGUCCGUCCGCCCCUCACCCACUCCGACCUCUCUACUACCCCCGCCUUGACAAAUCACCUCGACUCCCUUGUCCCCACUGACUCGCUUUCGCAUUCCUCGCUUGCGGCCUCCCCUCAGGACUCCGUUGAAGCAUUAUCAGACUCCUCAGUGCCUAACUCUGUGUCCGCAGAUACUAGACAGCAUCUCCUCGUCUCCUCAGACUACAGCCAGAGCGACCGUCCGGUUGCAAUGAUAGAAGACGUACCGCAAGCUCAAAUCACCCGCUCCAGCUCACCUCCGCCACCCCCAAUGCCAAACUUACGGAUCGACGUUGCGGCGGCCAACGACCCCACAAUGGACCACGAGAUGGUAGAUGCCAGCUUCGUGAGUACCGCGGCCGUGCCUGACCCCUCCGACGACCUUUGCUUCGACGACGACGGCCUUAGUGCCCUCGAGAAAAUUUACCUGUUCGCGCGCAGUGUCGCUUCAUUCCAUAGAGUUUUCAUCUCGCGCUCGCUUCCUUUAUUUCUCCCAGAAGUGCCGCCUUGUGAGGCAGUAGAAUAUGUUAUUCCGCUCAUGAACGGGCUUGCUAUGGACGAUGAUGAGGCUGUUAAAGAGGCACUGGUAGAAGAUCUAGUUUCAAGUAUAUGGUGGUUCCUCACGCGCUGUCAAGUAGUCGAUCAUGAUGUCCCAGAAGGCGCUGAACCCCGCGACGUGCCGUUACUUAACGUACAAGCGUUCACACCGCUUCUUGGGACAUUACUGUUGAAUCCUAGUGCCAGCGUGAAUGCACCAGCGCGGCACUGUGCCGUCAACUUACUGUCACGCAUUCGGGAUGCUGAGUCUUCUGACACGGGUUCCUUUGAACGAAUCGAACGUAGACUCUUUGAGCGCGAACUCAUAGAGCAUGUAGUCAUUGGGAUGGCGCACUUAGACAGCAAUUCUCCAGUCGAUGAAUCGGGUUCGAAAACGGUACAGCGCGAGUCUAAUGUCGAGCAACUAGACGUGCCUUCGUCCGAAGUAGAUAUCGCCAAGAGUCCCCCUCCCCCGUCGGCUACAGAUGACGAAGUCUUAGUCUCUACUCUCUCGUCAUCUGCACAAGCACUUGCGACAAUGCAAUUCCUUGCUCAGGAAGAGCCACUGCCCUCCCGUGCGGCUGCACUCGCAGCAAUCAUCCAGCGUCCUCCGUCCCCACUUCCCACCGUUCAAGCUAUGAUUGUCAUUCCGGAACGUGAGCCCGAAUUUGCGCACAUCAUUUCUCGGCCAGCAACAGACGAAUACUCCGAUGUCGCGGACCCCAAAGACGGCGCUUCGCCUAUGCACGAUAUUACCCCUCUGCCUACUUGGGCCGCGGAGCCGAACCACAUGUUACAAAAUGAAACCGCUGCUCGGGAGCAUGUGAUGAAAGAUCUAGUGGAGCGUGAAAUAAACUCACCGCGACCCGAACGUGCCUCUGGAUCAAGCUCGCCUAUGCUUUCGGGAGAGACUGCCUUACCUCAGCCUGAUGUAGAUAGUGGUGAGGCAGGCAACGAAUUCAACGACGAGCAAGCGGCCAUCGGUAAGCUUGCAAGCAUGAGUCUGAUUGCUGCCGUAACUGCUAGUGGCCCGCUGGACCGGGAAUACCAAUCUGCCUUUGUCAAGGAGGUAGACAGAGCCGGACACGACUCCGUCUAUUGGGUAAGACGAGAAGCAACCUUUGCUCUCGGAGCACUUGCGAAAGUAGUGCCGGAAGAACUUCUUUACAUUUCACUGUUGCCAUUAUUUGAUUGCUUUUGCGAGGAUACGAUUUGGAACGUACGACAAUCAAUUUUAUUUGCACUUCCUGCAAUUCUUUCUCGACUUCCCUCUGAUCAGCGGAGGGCUCACGCACUAAAAACUAUUCAGAAAUUCACCAAUGACCCCGCACCGCAGGUUCGGACAGGAGUUUUAGAAGUCCUAGGAGAGGUCAUUUACUCGUUUCACGGUGAUGACAGAGGGCCACCAGAUCAGAUCUUUCGUUUGUUCGUCGGAGAGGAAGGACGAGACUGGCACGGCCCCGAUUCUCCUGCUCUCGAAAUGACCCAAAACGUCCAGACUCGCAUACCAUGGGCGGAAUCUGCAUUUCGUGCACGUUUUCCCCCAAGUCCAAACGAGGGAUUUAGUCUCACAGCGACAGCGUCGUCAGCGUUGUCUUCCUCAUCACCACUCAGCCUGACGCCUGGUUCGGAUCCAGCACGUCCGCUUAUAUGCGCAUUCAACCUCCCUGCUGUAGCACUCACAGUGGGUCCGAAGUGCUGGCCAGACCUGCGUGGACUGUAUGUCUUUCUUGCACGAACGGGUACUACAAAAGUUCGACAGACCCUUGCAGCAAGUAUUGGAGAGAUUGCGCGGAUUAUUGGGCCAGAGAAUGCUCGGCACGACCUCAUAUACCGUUGGUGGGAUUUCGUACGAGGCCGCGAUGCGGUGGUUCGUAUGAAGGCGCUUGAAGCCCUUGAGACAUUCUUGCAGGCAUUGAACCCUUCAGAUCGUGCACGAAUUUUUGGGAGCUUGGAAGAAGUAUGGGAUAAUCACUUAACUGGUUGGCGAGAGCGUGAGGUUCUGGCUAGGAGUAUGGACCGAUUAGCACCUUUGUUCCCAGCCGACGGAGAGGUCUUGCGACUAGUUCUUCGCAGAGCUUUACGGGAUACUACAGCCGCCGUACGUAAUGCGGUCAUAGAAACUUAUCCACAGGUUUACGGUUCCGUUCUUAAUCGGCCUGAAGCAUUACGACUAGUCACGGAAGAAGUAUCCUCUCUAGUAUACGAUGAGUCCUUCAAGAAGCGUUUGACUUACGUUGAGUGUGCACGAUCACUGGUCACGAGCAAUCCGAGUUAUGAUCGUUUCAUGGAUGACGUUUUCUGGCAAGCGGCUGUCAAGCUCGCUUCGGACAAGAUUACAGAUGUACGAAUUGGAAUGGCUCGUCUUUUAGGUAUUAUUUGCGACAAGAUUCUGUCCAGAUCACGUACUCUACCUGGUGGAGUCCUUACCAUUGUUCGCACACUCAGCGAGGACCCCAUCAGUGAUGUCGGGGCCUUUGUCUCACACAUUCUUGCGCCUGACCUUCGGCCACCAACCGAACUCGCAUAUGGGCAUGUAUCCGAGACAAACCCCUCUAUGGCACUCUUCUCGCGUCCGCCUCCCAAGCGGGAGCCGAGGACACUUGUAGCAGGCAUCAACGAUAUGAAGAUUUCUAGCGUGAGUCGGGGCGAUGAGUGGAGUCGUCAGUCGAUGGAUCAAGCGAUGGGAUGA